GACGCUCGGCGGGAUGGCACUGGCGCGGGCCUGGAAGCAGAUGUCCUGGUUCUACUACCAGUACCUGCUGGUCACGGCGCUCUACAUACUGGAGCCCUGGGAGCACAGGGUGUUCAAUUCCAUGCUGGUCUUCUUCAUGGGGAUGGCCCUGUACACAGGAUAUGUCUUCAUGCUGCAGCACAUCAUGGCGAUCCUGCACUACUUUGAAAUUGUACAGUGACCAAGAUGUGACCUGAGCCCAGAGCUGUUCCCUAAGAAAGAAUCAUCUUCUGAAGUUGGAAUCAUGCUUCAUCAGCGCUCGUAAGAAAACUACUAGAUGUCAACACAACCAACCUUUUGAAUAUAAAGACUAAAAUUCAUGAAUGGAACAGGAAGUGAAUCCUGACUCAUGUGUUCUUUAUUUUUUAUUUUAAAAGAGGCUCUUCUAUAGUAGUUUUUGUCUAUUUCAAUAUUGUAGUCAUUGUACUUUGAUAUCAGUAUUUUCUUAACCUUUGUGACUGUUUCAAUAUUACCCCCUGAAAGAUUUUUCUUAAUGUAACUUUGAGUACAUUUUAAUUGCCUUCUAUUUGUAAAACCCAAAGCCAUUAGUUGGGCUUUACUGUUCUUUCUACUAAAUGGCAUAUUCAUCUGCCUGGGUAUAUUUCUACUCUUAACCAAAGUUUUGUAAGAAACAAUACAAGAUUUGGGGUGGGAGA